UUACAUAGGGAGCCAAGGAGGAGGCUGGUGUGACCUCUGACAGCACCAGCAGGGAAACCAAACCCUUCUUCCCCUUAUACCGUAUUUCUGUGCCUUUCUGCAAGCUCCACUUCUGUCCAGACUUACCUAGAUGCCACAUCCCACAGCUCUGGGCUACCCAAAUGGCUUGGUGGCAGCUGAGAUGGCUGCUUUCUGUCCCUCCUCAGCCUGAAUUUCUGUUUGCUCUCCAUCCCUACCCUAGCCAUCUAUCUGUGCCACACAAGAGCUUUGCAGAUUCCCCACCAACCAGUUCCAGACAUUCAUGUCAUAAACGGGAAUGGGGGAACAAGGCACUGGGCCCACAGCAAGGGCCAAGCAGGCAGUUGUAUGCCAAUGGUGCCAGCAGGUAGUGCAAAGAAUGCUGGGAAGGGUUCCAAGGGAGUACAGUGGGGCCUCAGGCCCACACUUCUUGAAGCAAUCAAGAAGUCUCCAUAGUAGAGGUGACUUUUGAGUCUUGAAUCCGGGGAGAAUUCAGGAAAUGAGAAGCAAAGGCGUCAAGAUAUGCCACUAGGAAAGAGCAGGAUGCUUAGGGGACAGGGGCUCACCUACCACCAGUGAUGUUCAGAUCUUGAGAGAGCUUGAGUCACCUUCUGUAAACAAGAUGACAAUGGAGAGAUUGGUUCUGUCCCCAAGCCCAUAAGGGGUGAGGCCCCUUCUGGCCCAAAGAUGAGGAACAUCACUACAGACAACUCCUCACUGACCUGCAGCAUCGACCACACCAUCCACCAGACGCUGGCCCCAGUUGUCUACGUCACUGUGCUGGUGGUGGGCUUCCCAGCCAACUGCCUAUCCCUUUACUUUGGCUAUCUGCAGAUCAAGGCCCGGAAUGAGCUGGGAGUCUACCUGUGUAACCUGACCAUUGCAGACCUAUUCUACAUCUGCUCGCUCCCCUUCUGGCUGCAGUAUGUACUCCAGCAUGACAACUGGUCCCACGGUGACCUGUCCUGCCAGGUGUGUGGCAUCCUCCUCUAUGAGAACAUCUACAUCAGCGUGGGCUUCCUCUGUUGCAUCUCCAUCGACCGCUACCUGGCAGUGGCCCACCCCUUCCGCUUCCACCAGUUCCGCACCCUGAAGGCAGCCAUGGGUGUCAGUGUGGUCAUCUGGGCCAAGGAGCUGCUGACCAGCAUCUACUUCUUCAAGCACAAAGAGGUCAUUGAGGACGAGGACCAGCACCGCGUCUGCUUCGAGCAUUACCCCAUCCAGCCCUGGCAACGUGGCAUCAACUACUACCGCUUCCUGGUGGGCUUUCUCUUCCCCAUCUGCCUGCUGCUGGCCUCCUACCAGGGCAUUCUGCGGGCCGUGCGCCGCAGCCACGGCACCCAGAAGAGCCGCAAGGACCAGAUCCAGCGGCUGGUGCUCAGUACCGUGGUCAUCUUCCUGGCCUGCUUUCUCCCUUACCACGUGCUGCUGCUGGUGCGCAGCCUCUGGGAAGCCAGCUGUGAGUUCGCUAAAAGCAUCUUCAAUAUCUACCACUUCUCCCUCCUCCUCACCAGCUUCAACUGUGUUGCCGACCCAGUGCUGUACUGCUUUGUCAGCGAGACCACUCACAGGGACCUGGCCCGCCUCCGUGGAACUUGCCUGGCCUUCCUCACAUGCUCCAGGACCAGCAGGGCUAGGGAGGCUUAUCCUUUGGGUGCCCCCGAGGCCUCUGGGAAAAGUGGGGCUCAGGGUGAGGAGCCAGAGUUGUUAACCAAGCUCCACUCCACCUUCCAGAGCCCUAACUCUCUGGGAAUGGGAGGGUCCCCUGUGGUUGGGAUGGCCUAGCCUGAGUUAUUCAUGUAUGAUGCAAGGAACCUUUUACCCAUGGGCCUCAUGGUCUGGAGCUUGUAUGGUGGCUGCCUCCCACUUUGCCAUGUACAGGUAUCUCUUUCUGUAGGAAGGAGUUGUUGGGCAUGGGUUACAGCCAGGCCCUUGCCCUUGGAAGCCUCCUCUAGUUUGCUGAGCCCUGUGACUCUGCUGAGUGUAUGAAUAGCCCUGUCAGAUCCUGAGUGGUCCCUGCUGCUGCCCUGCUGCUAAUGAGAGGGAAACAGAGCACUGUCACUUCCAGGAAGUUAGCAACAAGCAGCUAACUUGCCAAGUGUGGAGUGUGAAGAUACAGAGGGCAGGAGUCGGGGGUGAACCCGGUGUUCACCCAGCAAGGCUUCCUAGUGCCACUGUUGUUACAGAUGAUACCUGCCCAAAUGCGUUGUGGUCCUGUGGGACACACAUUGACACUUGAGCCCCACUCUAUGAGGCAGGAAGGGAAGACUGGAAAAGGAAGGUGGGGAGGUGUUUGGGGCCCUGGUAUGGGGUGGGGACAACAGGACAGUGGUGGCAGGGGAGAAGCCACAGUUCCAGACAUACUCCACUCUCACAGGAAAGGGUUAAGCAGAUUUUCCCAAGCCCAUGGGUUGAUGGCAAACAAACCCCAGGACUCCCCAAGGAGAUGUCGGGAGUGGGGAGGUCUUUUAAAAUGUCAUACUGAUGCUCAAGGAUGGAGGCUCAGUCCUGAAGCUGUGUCUCCAGGGGACCAGACCUGAAAGCCUAGGGGAAGAGGGAGAGAGGAAGGGAAGGACAGCGUGAAGGAGGGAGGAAGGAAAAGAGGGAGUGGGAGAGGAGGAAAGGGAGAAAAGGAGAGAGAGGGAGGGAGAGAGAGGAGAGAAUGCCAGGGUCUCCAUGACAACUGUGUGUCAAGAUGCUGAUGCUAGGCUAGGGUCAUGUGACUGCUGUCAGUACACACUCCCUGUACCCCACACACUGGAGAGUGUCCAGCAGCCCCAGGAGCAUGACCUUUUCCCAGGGUUCUCAGAUACAGCCAAACUAACAAAACACAUGCAUCCUCAUCUGUCUUGGCCCCCAGGUCUGGGUUAAUUCCGCUCCAUUCUCGUUUGAAUAGUCCUUGUGGUGGAGAGGUGGUAGAAAUGUCUUACACAGCUGGAAGACCCAUACCUACCCCAGCCGAGGACCUUAUGGAGCAAUGGUGAUACUUACUGCUCUUUGCCUCUUCGUUCCACAGUAUUUCCCCCUAUUUUAACCUGGAACCCUGGCAUUCCCAUUGGCAUGGACUGGAAGAAGGUGAAGGAAGUUUCCUUUACUAUUGAGAGUUGUAUUUUUGUAUUGAUUUCUCUUUUAUGUCAAGUGUACAUGUGUUGGACUGUGCAGUGAGUUUAUGUAGCGAACUUCAGUCUGAAAAUAAAGUAACCAAUCA